AUGUCUUCCCGCUUCCUAUUCACUAGUGAAUCCGUGUCCGAGGGACAUCCGGAUAAGAUGUGCGACCAGAUUUCCGACGCUGUUUUGGACGCUCACUUGAAACAAGAUCCAGACGCAAAGGUUGCUUGCGAAACCGUCACCAAGACCGGAAUGGUCAUGCUCUGCGGAGAGAUCACAUCGAAGGCCGUAGUCGACUACCAAGUCUUGGUCCGUCGUGUCAUCGAAAAGAUUGGAUUCACUGAUUCCAGCCUUGGAUUCGACCACAAGACCUGCAACGUUCUUGUCGCCCUUGAGCAACAAUCACCAGAAAUCGCCGCCGGAGUCCACGUUAACAAGGACGACGACGAGGUUGGCGCUGGAGAUCAAGGAAUCAUGUUCGGAUAUGCCACCGAUGAAACCAAGGAAACCAUGCCAUUGACCCUCAUGCUCUCCCACAAGCUCAACGCUGAACUCCACCGUCUUCGUCGCAACGGAGAGCUCGCUUGGGUUCGUCCAGACUCUAAGACCCAAGUCACCAUCGAGUACGAGACUCAAGGAGGAGUUUGCAUUCCAAUCCGUGUCCAUACCGUUGUCGUCUCCACCCAACACUCUCCAGAUGUCACCCUUGAGAAACUUCGCGAGACCAUCCUCUCUCAAGUUGUGAAGAAGGUCAUCCCAGCUUAUCUUUUGGACGAUAACACCAUCUACCACAUCAACCCAUGCGGAACUUUCAUCAUUGGAGGACCAAUGGGAGACGCCGGAGUCACCGGACGCAAGAUCAUCGUCGAUACCUACGGAGGAUGGGGAGCUCACGGAGGAGGUGCUUUCUCUGGAAAGGACCCAACCAAGGUCGACCGUUCCGCCGCCUACGCUGCUCGCUGGGUCGCCACUUCUCUCGUCAAGGCCGGACUCGCCAAGCGUGUUCUUGUCCAACUCUCCUACGCCAUUGGAAUCGCCAAGCCAACUUCUUUCUUUGUCUACGCCUUCGGAACCUCCCCACUCACCGAUGAGGAACUCCAUCAAGUUGUUGAGGACUCAUUCAACCUGAGCCCAGGAAACAUCAUCAAGGAGCUUGACCUUAAGAGACCAAUGUACGAGAAGACCGCUGAGAAUGGACACUUCGGACACGAGGAAUUCCCAUGGGAGCAAGCCAAGGCUUUGAAAAUCAGCCCAGCUCUCCUUGAGAAGGCCAAGGGAACCGCUAUCCCAUCCAAAUCCGCCAUCGCUCACUAA